AUGGAAAACGAUGCACAAGACUCUAUAGAAGGGCUGCAUUCUGCUCGGAGCUUCACGGAUGACUCCAGUGGCGCAUGUCUACUUGAUGAGCAUUUUGAGCCUAUUAAAUCUCCAGCCGAAAAUCGAACAUAUGACUCGGGUUCCGCUGCAGAUUUUAAUGAAAGUCUCUGGAAACAAAAUAACCCUGAGCCUGUUGAACUUCAACCAGACAGGCAAUCAUACGACUCUGGUGCCGCUGCAGACUUUAAUGCCGAUCUAUCGAGGCUUUGGGUUAAUGGUGUUGAUGCUUCGAACACAUCAAGGUCAUCUACUAUACCAACUACGUCGGUUUGGAGCACUUCAAAUGCUACCACCUCAAUAUCGGAGGCUGCUACUUAUAUUACCUUCAACAUCAAUCCCGGUUUCGAUCCGUGCGAUACCAAGAGAUAUCCCUCUUUGCAAUGCGACCUCGUAACGUCGACUGGCAACCUCAUGGCGGAUGGUGACACUGAUGAAGGCACGGUGGAAACAUCGGAAACGACUCCGCUCGUCAACCACGGACCCCAGUCCGGUCAUUCAUCGCCUGCACUACCGCCUUCAUAUGGCUUCUCAGGACCGCUCUCAAGUACUGAAUCUAAAAAGACUUCUGCCAAAGUGAGAAUGGAGAGAGUGAGUUGCACCUGUCCAGAGUGCCACAGAACUUUCACCCGCCGAAAUGAGUAA